AUGAAUAUUUGUCGAACAGUUGCUCCAGCAAGAAAGACCUUGAGAAUAGGCAAUUUUCAAAAGAGCAAAACUUGUAGUGGCCAGCUGUACCGAUCGAGAGAAAGGACUACUCCACACGUGACUAUGGAUGGUCCAAGUCAUGGUCAUCAUGGUCAUGAUACACAUGCCAUGCCUCCACAGGCAAUUUGUGAUGCUUACAAAAAGUAUCAGAGGAUGAGUGAUGCGGCAGUGAACGAUGAUCUCGAGAUCGUGGAUUUCACUCGUGGCUUGACUCCCGAGCAGCAGGAGAAGUUGAGUCCGGUGGGUGUAGUUCCCUCGGAAUUAAUUGCUAAAGCGCAGAAGGAAUUCAUGAAUACUGGGGCCGAAAAUGAUUCUGGCUUUCCUGCGGCAUGCACCAUUUAUGAACACAGCGGAUUUCCGGGGUUGAGAUUACUUCCUGCACUCCUUCCACCGGAGACUCAGUCUUUAUUUGUGUCCCGACUCCUUCAUCGUGAAUUGUCGAAUCCUCUGCACAAGACAAACUUUCACGAUGAUUAUGAUAUACCCUACCCUCCACUUGACUCUUCUUUUUUUACUUAUCCUCACCAAGCCAAGAACCAAGUCUUUGCUCCUAAAGAUCCAAACUCAAGACAUAAACCACUCAAUGCUGCACAAGCUCUCCAAAAAAAAUUCAGGUGGCUAACACUGGGCUCUCAAUAUGAUUGGAACACCCGAGCUUACCCAUCUUCUUCUCCAACUCCAUUCCCAACUGAUGUCUCUCGUCUUGUUACCACAUUAUUUCAAAAUGCCUUUACUCCAGAAUCAGGAGUCGUCCUAAUGUACUCGACUAAAGAUUUCAUGCCGGUGCAUAGAGAUGUUUCCGAGGAAUGUGAAAGAGGGCUAGCGAGCUUCACGCUCGGAUGCGAUGGGUUGUUUGUUAUUAGUAGAGAUGUUAGAAAAGGAGAAGAACACAUCGAUAACAGGGAACAGGAUUUCGUUUGUAUACGGGUCAGGAGUGGUGAUGUGAUACAAAUGGGUGGAGAGACGAGAUGGGCUUGGCAUGCUAUGCCCAAGAUUAUUGCAGGCACUUGUCCACCUUGUUUGGAAACAUGGCCUGUGGGAUCUACGGAAGAAGGGAGAGAACCAAAAGAGUACGAAAGAUGGAGGGGUUACAUGAAGGCAAUUCUUACAAUGUCUACCAAAAUUGGCAAAACUUUCACACCCUUUCGAAAGCUCCCACUCGAGCUCCGCCUUAUGAUUUGGAAAUUGGCAAAGCCAGCUGGUCGAAUCAUCGAACUUAAUCUACUCGAAAGAUCUGCCAUUAGAGAAGAAUGGAACUUAGAUCAAUCUCCGCAAGCUCCUGGUCAGUCUGAUCAGGCAGAGAACGGCGACGAAAAGCCGGUCAGAUACAACAAAUUGUGGGGCUUUAGAUCAAACGCUUCAAUUCCAGCACUCCUGCUCGCGUGCCGUGAGUCGCAUGAAGUCGCAUCGAUGUGGUAUCCACGAGUAUUUCAAUGCUAUGCUGACAACCCGGAAACAUUGAAAUUCCCUCCCGCUAUUCAAGGACCAGGUUCAGUCUCACUCCCACAGACGUACUUCAAUUUUGAGGAGGAUACACUCUUCAUCACGCCCGACACGUUUCGUCCCAGAUAUAAUGCUGAAAAUGCAGAAAUAAUAAGACGCCUCUAUAGUCUCGCGCGAGUCCCAGGACAUACUAUACUCGGGGUCUCCCGGCUGGUAUACGAUCCAGAUUUCUUAAGAGUUGAGAACCUUGCUAUUCAAUUGACUUCCGAUCAAUGGAAUUUUAACUGGGACGCUCAUGCUGAUUGGCUGGCUAGAUGCCUGGAGCGUGGAUUUCGCGACCUCAAGACGCUUACCAUUGUGGUUGACCAUCAUGUUCUAUCCCCUCGCUGGAGAGCAACGCAGGGCGUGAAGAUGUCGAAAGAAGAUAGAGCAAAUCUUGUAUAUAUGGAUGAAUUAAUCGAUGUCCAGGAUGCCUGCCGUUUCUACCACCCCAAUCGCCCUAUUCUUGAGCAAGAAAAAAGAAAGUGGACAGAACCAAAACCUAAUGCCUCUCAUUUCACACAGACCCAUAUCAGAAAAUUGACUCAAAACAUGAUGGAAGUUCUCAGAGAAGAGCACAUUAAAGCUGGUAAAUUGAUGUGGGAUCUGCCAGAGAUACAAUUUAAGAUUGUCCUUCCCGCGAAGAUUAAAGCAAAUUUAGGUCGGAACAUGCGGCGAUACAAAGAGAGAUUUGCUGGUUGGCAAAGAGAAGCUGCUUCCAAGUCGAAAGAAUAG